GUGCAGUUUUGGGGACUGUGGCCAGUGUGCUGGCAAAGACUGUAAGUGCAUUGCUUUCGCUUUUCCUCGGCCGAUUGUUUGGAAAGGCAUUAGGCUUGGAGUUUCCCGCCGCCUUGCAGCGGCACAUGGCCGCCGUGCAGAAACGGCCGCUAAAGGCACUUUUCCUGGCGAGGCUGGCUCCAAUCUCCACUGGAGUGAAGAACUACGCUUUGGCUCUGCUGCCACCUGAGGAUGUACCCUUGCUGCCGUACACAAUUGCAGUUAUUGCUGCAAACCUCGUUGUCACCACUGGUGUUUGCAUCCUUGGAGUCCGGAUCUAA